CCAAGGCCGACAAGACCCGCGUAAAAUCGGUGCAAUGAGAUGAGGCUCAGAAAUGGAACGGUUGCCACUGCGAUUAUUUUCUUCACGUCUUUCCUUAGCCUAUCUUGGUAUACGGCGUGGCAGAAUGGCAAAGAGAAGUUAGUGGCGUACCAGCGGGAGUUCCAUGCUCUGCGGGAACGUCUGCACGUUGCCGAGCAGCGCACCCUGCAGCGCUCCUCCGAGCUCAACAACAUCCUGGAGCAGUUCAGACGCGCCAUCGCUGAGACCAACGGCAGCAAGGAUGCCCUCACCAACUUCUCAGACGAGACGCAGAAGCUGCUGAAGGAGUUAGCCAAUAGGAAGCCUCUACAGGUGCCCAACAUCUACCACCACCUGCCCCACCUGCUCAACAAUGAGGGCAGCCUGCAUCCCGCCGUCCAGGUGGGCCAGGGACGCACCGGAGUGUCCAUGGUGAUGGGCAUUCCCACGGUGAAGCGCAAGGUGAAGUCCUACCUGGCGGAGACCCUGCGCUCGUUGGUGGACAAGCUGUCCCCCGAGGAGAAGCUGGACUGCGUCAUCAUCGUUUUUGUGGGAGAGACGGACAUAGAUUAUGUACACAGUGUGGUCACAGGCCUAGAGAAAGAGUUUGCCACGGAGCUGAACUCGGGCCUUCUCGAGGUCAUCUCCCCUCCUGCCAGUUACUACCCUGACCUCAAUAAUCUCAAGGAAACCUUUGGUGACUCCAAGGAGAGAGUCAGAUGGCGGACCAAGCAGAACCUGGACUACUCCUUCCUCAUGAUGUAUGCUGUCAAUAAAGGGGUAUAUUAUGUGCAGCUAGAAGAUGACAUCGUAGCCAAGCCCAACUACUUUGCCACCAUGAAGAACUUUGCCCUGCAGCUGGCGUCUGAGGACUGGAUGAUCCUGGAGUUCUCCCAGCUGGGCUUCAUCGGUAAGAUGUUCCAGGCUCCUGACUUGAAUCUGAUCGUGGAAUUCAUCUUCAUGUUCUACAAGGAGAAGCCCAUUGACUGGCUGCUGGACCACAUCCUGUGGGUCAAAGUGUGCAACCCAGAGAAAGAUGCAAAACACUGCGAGCGUCAGAAGUCCAGUCUGCGCGUGCGCUUCAGGCCCUCACUCUUCCAGCACGUCGGCCUGCACUCCUCUCUUGCUGGCAAGAUCCAGAAGCUCACGGAUAAAGACUUCCUGAAGCCGCUUCUGCACAAGAUCCAUGUGAACCCUCCGGCUGAGGUCUCCACGUCUCUGAAGAUCUACCAGGGCCACACGUUGGAGAAGACCUACGUGGGCGAGGACUUCUUCUGGGCCAUCAACCCUGCCGCCGGAGACUACGUGCUCCUCAAGUUCGACCGACCCAUCAGCAUCGAGAGGUUCCUGUUCCGCAGUGGAAACCAGGAGCACCCUGGAGACCGGAUUGACAACACCACAGUAGAGAUCCUCCCCCUGAUGGAACCGGCAUUACAGAUCAAAGACAAAUACAAAAGAACAGAGGAUCGCUUCUUUAGAGUGGCCAACUUUGAGAAGGGUAUGGUGGAGGCCGCAGUGGACCCGGCCUUCAACCCGGUGGUGGCCCUGCGCCUGACCGUCCUCAAGGACUCCCCCGUCUGGGCCAUCAUCAGUGAGAUUCACAUUAAACGGGUGGCUGGAUAACUGCCUGUAGGACCCCCAGCCGAGUGACAAUGGUGGAUGCCUCCAGAACGCUCAGCUGUGCUGUGCUUUGCUGUGUCGGGAAAGGGUCCCCCUGGUGCCACAACUGAAGGAAUUAAAGAAAAUGAAAUAUCAGCAGUGGUUUGGUAGAGGACGUGUUGCCUCGGACAUUGCCACCAUCUACCCCAAGCAAAUGCUGGCAUCUGUCUUUCUUCCUCUCCUCCUCUGUACUUCUGCCCCCCUACACACACACACACACACACACACACACACACACACACACACACUCUUUUCAUCCAUUUAUUUGGCUGGCUGUGUCCCUUGUUAGAUUUCUACUCCCCCCAACUCUUUGAGUUCUCAUGUGAAUGUGACUACUACUGUACAGAACAGAUACUUUCCUCCCCCCUGAGGGACAUUAUCAGACAUGGGAGCACCAUGGUUUUGAAGAAUUGCGUCCAGUGCCAUCAAGGAGAGGUGCGAGUUUUGCUGAGGCAGAGAGAAUUCUGACACUUACGGCUCAGCUUCGUUCACUCCGGCUUUGAUGUGGAGACGUGCUUCAUGGACACUCGCACACACACACACACACACACACACACACACACACAC